AAGUUCUCUGCUCUAGCAGUGGCCAGCUCUGUGGGUGCACACUUCUGGAGUUGCAGAUCAGACAGAGCUGGACAUGUAGAGUCUGCUUUUCUAUACCAGCUUGAGACCUAGCCCAGCUGCUUCCUAGACAGGACAGGUGGUGACCUGAGAAUUCUGGGCCUGCAACCUGAGGACUGCCCCACCAUGCAGUGGCUGACGAGGUUCUGGGUCCUCAAGGGAAUCUGCAAAUUCUACCGUGGCUUCCACCCUGCCCCUUGGCACCAGCGCUGUCAGUCUUUAUCAGGAGCUGGAGCCCCAAGAUGGAAUGACCACACUGUACCGAAGGAAUUUAACUUUGCAAGCAACGUACUAGAUUACUGGACUCAGAUGGAGAAGGAGGGCAAGAGAGGUCCCAGCCCAGCCCUCUGGUGGGUGAAUGACGAAGGGGAUGAAGUGAAGUGGAGUUUCAGAGAGGUGACUGAUUUAUCCUGCCGAGCGGCCAACGUCUUCACGCAGACCUGUGGCCUGCAGCCGGGAGACCGUCUGGCUUUAAUUCUGCCCCGAGUGCCUGAGUGGUGGCUGGUGACCAUGGGCUGCAUGCGAACAGGGAUCACCUUUAUGCCAGGAACCACCCAGCUGACUGCCAGGGACAUUCUCUACCGUCUACAGAUGUCCAAAGCCAAGGGCAUUGUGACUACGGAUACCCUUGCCCCCGAGGUGGACUCGGUGGCUUCCGAGUGUCCUGGUCUGAAAACGAAGCUCCUGGUGUCUGACCACAGCCGUGAAGGUUGGCUGGACUUCCGAUCACUGGUUAAAUCAGCAUCCCCAGAUCACACCUGUAUUAAGUCAAAGGUCCUGGACCCAAUGGCCAUCUUCUUCACCAGUGGGACCACAGGCCUCCCCAAGAUGGCGAAACACAACCAUGGACUCGCCUUCCACUCCUCCUUCCCAUCAUGCAGGAAAUUGCUGCAGCUGAAGACGUCUGAUACCAUGUGGUGCAUGGCAGACCCGGGCUGGAUUCUGGCUAUCUUGGGGUGCCUGUUUGAACCAUGGACAGCAGGGGCUACAGUCUUCAUCCAUCGUCUGCCCCAGUUUGACCCCAAGGUCAUUGUAGAGACAUUGGUCAAAUACCCCAUCACCCAAAUCCUUGCUGCGCCAGCUGUAUUUCGAUCGAUUCUGAAGCAGAAUUUCACCAGGUUCCCUGCCCUGGAGCACUGCUGUACCGGUGGGGAGGCCCUGCUGCCUGAGGAACAAGAGCAAUGGAAAAGACAGACAGGCCUUCUGCUCCAUGAGGCCUAUGGACAGACAGAAACGGGAGUAACCUGUGGCAAUUUCCGAGGAAUGAAGCUCAAGCCGGGUUCCCUGGGGAAAAGCAUCCCACCCUAUGAUGUCCAGAUCAUUGACGAGAAGGGCAACAUCCUGCCACCCAACACGGAAGGCAACAUUGGCAUCAGGAUCAAGCCCUCUAGGCCCGUAGGCCUCUUCAUGUGCUAUGAGGAUAACCCAGAGAAGACAGCCGAAGUGGAAUGUGGGGACUUUUACAACAGUGGAGACAGAGCAACGAUGGAUGAAGAGGGCUACAUCUGGUUCAUGGGGAGGAAUGACGAUGUCAUCAAUACAUCUGGGUACCGCAUUGGGCCGGCAGAAGUGGAGAACGCCCUGGCCGAGCACCCGGCGGUGGCCGAGUCAGCUGUGGUGAGCAGCCCGGACCCGAUUCGAGUGGAGGUGGUGAAGGCAUUUAUUGUCCUGACCCCCAACUUCCUGUCCUGUGACAAGGACCAGCUGACCAAGGAGCUGCAGCAACACGUGAAGUCAGUGACGGCCCCGUACAAGUACCCGAGGAAGGUGGAGUUUGUCCCAGAGCUGCCCAAAACCGUCACUGGCAAGAUAAGAAGAAGUGAACUUCGGAGAAAGGAGUUUGCUCAGAAGUAAUCUGCAAUAAGCUCAGAAACCACUGUGAUCUUGGGAAGAAAAAAAAAGCCUGGGAGCUUUCCCCACUAAGACAAAGAUGGGGAUGUGGAGGGCUGGUGGGAAAUACCAUUAGGAAUGCCAACAUUGCAACAUUUUUGUUCUUUUAAAUUAAUGUCAGUCCUUCUCCUUCCUCC